ACAGAGUCGAGGAAUAAUGCGUUGAUCAGGGUGUAUCUCUCCGUGCGCAUAGCUGCUCUACAUAUGAACUCGCCUCGUGCAGGUGAAAGAUGCAGUCUGUUACUGCUCACUUGUCGGAGGGGGCGUGUGUCAGUCUCGCUUUUCUCAAUCAGAAGUGGACAUCAGAAGCGUAAUGAAAUCAGAGUAUGAAGCCAAGAUGAGUUGUGCUCAGGCUGAACAAGAAGACAGGCCUGCUCAUUCCAGUGUCAACACAAGCCCCAGCAGGAAUGCUAAUCUUGCUACUAGCAAUACACCAAGCCCCAACACCAGUGCAACCUCAAAUCCAAGUGCUAUCUUCAACCGCAAUGCGACUGCUAACCCAAGCGACGAGAUGGAGUGCAAGAUCUGCUAUCAGCGCUACAACGUUCAUAGCCGGAGACCUAAGAUACUGACCUGCCUGCACCGGGUGUGUGCUCGCUGCCUUAACAAGAUACUGGACAUCGGGGACGGAUCCGGUUCCAUCUGCUGCCCCUUCUGCCGUCACGAGACACGGGUCAGCGACUAUGAAGUCACAGGACUUCCGGACGACUCGAACAUCAUGUCGGUGCUCGCUGUCCGGGACAAGUCCUGGAGCUCGGACCACAGCAAGGAGGUGGUGCUCACGCCCAAAAGUCUGUCGUCUAGCAGCAGUCCACACCACGAGUCUUCGAACUGCCUCGUCAUCACUAUAAUGGAGGUCCAGAGAGAUGUGCAGCAUCUGGCCAGCCGUACCGGUAGCUCCGACGAUUACGGUGAGGACAGCCUGGACUCCGUAUCCGUAGCAUCAAACAGUGGCACCAUGGACCAGGAUGCAUUCUCCAAGAUUUGCAAUCACGUGCCAAGAAUUCUUGUCUGGCUACUGGGCUUCUUUUACUUUGGGUCCCUGCCGCUCGGCAUAUAUUUGUUGGUGAUUCAAAGGGUCACUCUGGGCAUCGUUUGUGUCAGCCUGGUGCCCUCCAGUCUCACUGUAUGUCUCGUGUACGGAUUCUGCCAGUGCCUGUGUCAAGGCGUGUGUGAAUGCUGCAGCCGGAGCUGACUGGACAUGAACAAACUUAACACUGUAUUUGUGGUACAGAAGGGGGUAACUAGUGACGUAAAUACACUUUUCUAAAUAAACUAAGGGCUCUAA